UUGCUUAUCAGCCAUAUGGAAAAUCAGUGGAUUGGUGGGCGUAUGGAGUAUUACUUUAUGAAAUGUUAGCCGGUCAGCCUCCAUUUGACGGCGAAGAUGAGGAUGAGCUUUUCCAGUCUAUAAUGGAGCAUAAUGUAUCAUAUCCCAAAUCAAUGACAAAGGAGGCUGUCUUAAUCUGCAAGGGGCUAAUGACAAAGCAUCCAGCAAAGCGUCUUGGCUGUGGACCAGAGGGAGAAAGAGAUAUCCGAGAUCAUGCUUUCUUCCGGAGAAUUGAUUGGGAGAAACUGGAACAAAGAGAGAUACAGCCUCCAUUCAAGCCAAAAGUGAACACCACAAACAACGCAGGUAUCUCUCAUUGCGGCAGAAGUGCUGAAAACUUUGACAAGUUCUUCACACGAGGACAACCAGUGUUAACGCCACCUGACCAGCUAGUCAUAGCUAACAUUGACCAGACAGAGUUUGAAGGAUUUUCAUUUGUAAACCAAGAAUUUGUUCACCCUAGUUUAACCAACGUUGUAUGAAACACAGAAUGAAGAGGACAAGCAGCAACAGCAAAUCGGCCUGUGUUUAAAACAUCUAUAAUAAAUCAGCAAUUAACUUUACAAGAUAAUAAUGUUCAGAAAAAGUUAAGGAACAAGCACUUUUGAUUUUUAGAAAAAAUUAAUAUACUUUAAGGAGAUUUAUUGACAAUUUUACUGUCCAGCUUUAAAUCAGUCUAAUAUAAUUGUGAAUCGUUCUGAUAACUAAAAAGCAAGAAGGUUUUAAGGAAUGCCUUCUCCUCUGCUGGAUCUAACUUUUUCUUAAAUGCUGAGAUACAAAUUGCAAUAUACCUGUGGCCCUGCCCAAGGGACCAGCUCUUUCUCACUUUGUCUUCCCAAUAAUCAAAGAUGGUCAACAGUCUCAGUAUCAAAAACAACUGUUUCUCCAAAAAAAUGUUGUGGAUGAACUAUGUUUGAGUAAAUCCAAAUUUGUAUCUCAUGACAUUCUCCAUGUGUAAUUUGCACUACUAUAUCAAACUGAUAUUUCCAUCUAGAAUGCGGAACAAGAAAUCUGAAGGUAUUGCAGGGAAUAGUUGAAAAGCGGAGCAGAGGAUAAAAAAUCGAUCAAAUUCUGUUGGUAUUUUAACAUAUACUAGAAAUCACUGUCCAAAGUAACUACUGAGAGGAUGUAAUACAUUUUCUCCUAUGAAUCACAUUCAGUUUAACAUGUUCCUCUUCAAAAAUAUAAAAAUGAAAUUUAGUGCACAAAACUAACAAUCAGUGCUGGAGACGAUUCUGCUACUUUUAUAUCAAACUACAAAGAAUGCUGCGCUACAAUUGUCCAGCUCAUACCUCGUUACAGUUUAUUGUAUGGGAUGAGUUUUUUUUAGGAAUAGCAAUGUUCAUCUUGCAGCAAAGCUUUGGCUUUGACUUUAUUAGAGCAUAUCUUCAAUGUAUUAUAGGAGCACCGACUUCAUACAACAGCGUUUGGCAAAACUGUCUUUCACUGUAUUAAAAUGUGCAAUGAAAUCAUGUAAUUGCAUCACUAAAGUAGCAUCCAAUCACCUGAGCAACAUUUUGAGAAAAAACAGUGCGGCGCUUCUCAUGACAGUCUCCCUUUAAAAUGCUAACUGAAACUUUUCUCAAACUUUUAAAAGACCUAUUGUAAUUUUUAAACUAAGACUCAGAUGGGUUUUUUUCCUUCUGAAGAUAUUUGCUUGUACUGUUAGAAAGCAGCCUUUCAAAGAAAAUACAUUCAAAAGCAAUUAAAGUACUUGUUGUAUCGUUUAGCUCCUGUACUUACCACUACAAGUGAACAAAACUGUUUUGGUCAAACUUACUUUAUUUUUCUUAAGGUUGAACAGUAAAUGCUAAUUCUUAAAGAGCCACGUUUAAGUCCAUGCGUGCACCUUCAUUCAAUUUACGAAACGGGAGUCAGUUAAGAUUGUUUUUGCCUUGAUUUUGGAAACAGUAAUUUAGUGACUUACUAUUCUGCCUUUAAGAAAUGCAUGUCAGAAUACAAUAUAGCAUGUUGUUGAUAGGUGCCGUAUGCAACAACAUUAUGAAAGCACAUAUGUUUGGUUGUUGGUCUAAACAGUGUUUGCUGUAUCUAAGUUGAAAAUGCACCUUUUAGAAAAACAAAUUACAGUCAAAAAUAGCAAGUUCUUUUUAAGUCACAUCCUUCUUCUGACUAAUGGUCACAUUCAUGUCUACUAUUUUCAUAUUACAUAAUUCAAAGUCACACGCCUGAUUCUACCAAUUUAUUGAAGAUAUAAUAAGUGUACAUACGCAGUCAGCCCCGGUAGCUGUAACAUCAAUAUUUAAAAACAAGCAUUAAUUGAUGCUGAAUGCAAAGUUUUAGAUGAAUGAAAAAGGUGAAUAAAAUAUAUCUAAUGCCUACUAAACACUUAAGCACUGCUAUGUGAUAUCUUUCACAAUUUACAGUAAAUUUUCGGACCAAACUUUUUACUAAUUGAGUUUACCUAGUCAGCUUGAGUACAAUUAAUUACUGAACCGGAGACGAUAGGAGGGGGAAAUGCUUGUAAAUUAAAUGCAAAUAUCUAUAUAUAAUAUAUAUUCUGGUAAGAUUGAAGAAAAGGUUCGGGGUUGAUCAAGUAUUUGAUCUCCAAAUAUCUCAAAAUUAUUUCAAAAGGCAACCAUCUCAAAACAAUAAGGAAUUAACUUUGAUAUUAAUCUGAUUGUUUUGUUUUAAAUGAAAUUAAGAAGAUAUCAUUGAAGGGAUGACUUGGAGAAACUUGUAGGUCCCAUGAUUUAGGAGAAAUGGAGUAUAACAGUAGUGUGUAACAUUAAUUCUUCUUGUUUACAUUGUUGGAACCAGUAAGCACCCCAGUUCUGUAUUUCUUCUUAAAUGUUAUCCAGUUAUUGUAGUUCAAACAAUUCUUUCUCCAGAUUAACAAAAUGGAUAGCAAAGUAAAAAUGGUUAUUCAUCUUCUUUGAACAAGGGCUAAAUAUCGAAAGGAAUAUUGAUAAUGAGACUGCCUCUUUAAAUAUGUUUUGAAGCUGUUAUAAAGAAAGCUUGCAUCACUGUACAGAGCGUUAUGCAGGCUACGUUGUCUAAUACGAUAUGUACUGCUGAAUAAGAUAUGUUUCCAGGUAAUUUGUUAUCCCUCACUCCAAAUAAACCCUCAGCCACUCAACUACCUGCUUUCACUUCCUUUGCGCCAAAUUGCCACACACCAUUUUAAGUGUUCUUUAAACAAAAGCUUUUAAAGUAAAUUAUAGAUUAUAUAUUUGAUGAACAUGAGUUUUAAGGUGACAAUUCAAUCACAUGGCUUUGGAUGUUUUAUAAACUGCUUGAGCUUUACCCUCUCAUUAUAUUCAACCAGCUUCUCCUCUCAAACUGCUAACUCCCCUGCCAGCUAAGUGUACCCUAUUGAUUGGCUGCAGAGCUCAUAUCAUUGCCUUAUCAACAUCACUUUAGGUAAAACUAAAAUGUGACUCCAGUUGAGUAUGUAGAUUCACAGAAUACAGCAAUGACAUCAUUUCCCUCAAGUAAGUAAACAUAGCCCUGCAUUUCAGACAGUCCAUUAAAAUGGGAGGUACAAAUGACCUAGUCAACUGCUUUACUGACAGGGAGAAAAAUUAUCAAUCUCUCUGAAUUAUUUAGGAAGCCCAAAAGUUUGCAUUCUACAUAAAGUGGAGAGAUUCUUAGCACCUUGAAGUGACGGGUUUUCUGUAUGGAAGGUUUAUGUGACAUAUCAUAGAAUUUAUUGUGGGCAUGUUUGUCUGUAGAAAAGCAUCUCAUGUUUCCUCUCUUCACACUAUAUUGGUGGAUAAAUACCCACAUGUCUAGAAUUCACUUCUUUUUUCUUGAAAGGUAUGAAUGUUCCAAAAAGCACUGAUACCAGGAUUCUUCAACAUUGAUACAUCUUCAUAAAAACCUCCAAAACUAGUAACAUUGCAGAAAACUAUAUGGGAAAUGGUACUGACAGAACUGCAACUCACCAGGAAUUGCUACAAUAAUUUGCAGGGGUUUCUAGCCAGACUUGGUUCCAGGUGCUGAAUUGCACAGUGGCUGUAAUGACUGUGGGAGUCAUUCAGAUUGCAAAAAAUUCAAUACAUUCUGCAGGGUAAGCUAUUACAUCAUAGUUGCCCUGUAGAUUUUCUUUUCAAUCCAAAAAUAAUCAGUAGUUCAAUUCCAUUUUAGCUAAAGUUUCUCAUUGUUUCCAGAGCUAGUAAAACGACCAGAAAAUCAAUUGAAAAGAACAAUAUGUUCAUAUAAACCAAAAACUAAAGUCACAGUAUCUCCUCAUGAAGGUGAUAUUUCAAAUUUCUGAUUUGCAAUGGCAAAAGUCAUAUCCCUGUCAUUUAUGAUAAACAAUAAUAUUGUUUUCUUUACCACUGAAUUCUAAACACUUAGGAACUGUAGCAAGCCUACAAGGGAAUGAGAACAGAGGUGACAUUAUUCACUUAGCAAUUGGUCGGAUAUGGUACAUUAUUAAAACACAAUGUUUUACUUCUAUUAUAUAUUAAGAGACUUGCUUUCCUCAAAUUGUUUUGCAUGGUAUUGUUUGUUAUAUGUUCAUUGUAGUUUGACAAUGUGUAAAAAUAAACAAAGUGGCUGUCA